AUGUCUGGCCACAAACGAACGCAAUCAAUUGCCGUGCCCACCAUGGACCACCUCAACCUAGGUGGUAAGAUACAAUGGCUCGCUUCCCUCGACACCGCCUUCACCCCCGAGCACAACUACCGCCGGUCGUCAAUCAUCUGCACAAUUGGCCCCAAGACGAACUCGGUCGAGGCCAUCAACAAGCUGCGAACAGCUGGUCUCAAUGUCGUCCGCAUGAACUUUUCCCACGGCUCCUACGAGUACCACCAGUCCGUCAUUGACAAUGCCCGCGCUGCCGAGAAAUCUCAACCUGGCCGUCAGGUCGCCAUCGCCCUGGACACCAAGGGCCCCGAGAUUCGAACCGGUAACACCACGGGAGACGAGGAUCUGCCUCUCUCUGCUGGCACCGAGUUGAACAUCACCACCGACGACCAAUACGCUACAUCUUGCAGCACCGAGAACAUGUACGUUGACUACAAGAACAUCACCAACGUCAUCAAGCCCGGCCGAAUCAUCUACGUCGACGACGGUAUCCUCGCUUUCAAAGUUCUUGAGAUUGUCGACGACAAGACUCUCAAGGUCAAGGCCAUGAACAACGGCUACAUCAGCUCCCGAAAGGGUGUCAACCUGCCCAACACCGACGUCGAUCUCCCUGCCCUGUCCGAGAAGGACAAAAACGACUUGAGAUUUGGUGUCAAGAACAACGUGGACAUGGUCUUCGCUUCGUUCAUUCGUCGUGGACAGGACAUCAAGGACAUCCGCGAGGUUCUUGGUGAGGAGGGCAAGCACAUCCAGAUCAUUGCCAAGAUCGAGAACCGACAGGGCCUCAACAACUUCCCCGAGAUCCUCAGCGAGACCGAUGGCGUCAUGGUUGCCCGAGGUGACCUGGGUAUCGAGAUCCCCGCCGCCGAGGUGUUUGCUGCCCAGAAGAAGCUCAUCGCCAUGUGCAACAUGGCAGGCAAGCCCGUCAUCUGCGCAACCCAGAUGCUCGAGUCCAUGAUCAAGAACCCGCGACCUACCCGUGCCGAGAUCUCCGACGUCGGCAACGCUAUCACCGACGGUGCCGACUGCGUCAUGUUGUCGGGUGAGACUGCCAAGGGCUCCUACCCUGUGGAGUCCGUUAGUGAGAUGCACGAGACCUGUCUCAAGGCCGAGAACUCGAUCCCCUACGUCAGCCACUUCGAGGAGAUGUGCACUCUGGUCAAGCGACCUGUCUCCGUCGUCGAGUCGUGUGCUAUGGCGGGUGUCCGAGCUUCCCUGGACCUGAAUGCCGGAGGUAUCAUCGUUCUCUCCACCUCUGGCGAGUCUGCCCGCUUCAUCAGCAAGUACCGACCCGUCUGCCCCAUCUUCAUGGUCACCCGGAGCGCCAGCGCGAGUCGGUACGGUCACCUGUACCGUGGUGUUUACCCCUUCUACUUCCCGGAAGAGAAGCCCGACUUCACCAAGGUCAACUGGCAAGAGGAUGUGGAUCGCCGUAUCAGCUGGGGCGUCAAUCACGCACUCAGCCUCGGGGUCCUGACCAAGGGAGCUACGGUUGUUGUCGUCCAGGGCUGGAGAGGCGGCAUGGGCAACACCAACACGCUCCGUAUCAUCAAGGCCGAUCCCGAGCACCUCGGAAUCGGUCAACUGGCGUAA